AUGCCAAUCCAGCAAAUAGUUCUUCAUCCAACCGUUAAUAAUACUCUAAAGUUUGCCUCUACGACGGUUGGUCGUGAUAAGGUUUAUAAGGCUGUUCAAAACUUUUCGCGCUUUUUGGCUUGGUAUCUGAAGCGUCAGGGUUAUGAUAAAGAAUCAAUUCAACGGUUCAGCAAUUUGAAAAGCACAAUAGGGCUUACACGAAAAAUUAUGAGGUUUGGGAAACCAAUUGAACAUUUGCAACAUGCCACAAAAGCACUUAAUGAAGUUGAAGAAUUCGCGAAGUUUACUACUAUAGGACGGCAGCUUGGUUAUGCUAUAUAUCUAUUUUGGGAUACCUUUGUCUGGGUUCAUAACGCUGGCGUAUACAAGUUUCAACAAAUUAAAAGAAUAAACGAAAACGCUAAUAGAUUUUGGUUGAUUGGACUUGUAUUCUCAGUUAUUCAUGGCUUGUAUAAAUUACAUAAAAAUGGUUAUCAAUAUAACUUUAUGAGGCGGGCAAGUAAAUCCAGAUUUGCGGAAUCUAGCGAACAGCCAAACGUCAAAUCAGAAACUGCAUCACUUAUGAAGUAG